AUGGCCGAUUCGUCCUCGCACCGCCUCGACCUUCGUGUUGGUGGGAAGUACAGGUUGGGCAAGAAGAUCGGUUCAGGAUCGUUCGGUGACAUUUAUCUGGGCAUCAACAUCAUCUCCGGUGAGGAGGUCGCCAUCAAGCUCGAGUCUGUGAAGGCCAAGCACCCUCAGCUCGAGUAUGAGUCCAAGGUCUACAAGACUCUCGCCGGUGGUGUUGGUGUGCCUUUCGUGCGUUGGUUCGGGACCGAAUGCGACUACAACGCCAUGGUCAUCGACCUUCUUGGUCCUUCGCUCGAAGACCUUUUCAACUUCUGCCACCGCAAAUUUACCCUGAAGACCGUUCUUUUGCUCGCCGAUCAGCUGAUCUCCCGCAUUGAGUACAUCCACUCUCGCAACUUCAUCCACCGCGACAUCAAGCCCGACAACUUUCUCAUGGGUAUCGGCAAGCGUGGCAACCAAGUCAACGUCAUCGAUUUCGGUCUCGCCAAGAAGUACCGUGACCCGAAGACCCACUUGCACAUCCCGUACAGGGAGAACAAGAACUUGACGGGUACCGCUCGCUACACGUCCAUCAAUACCCAUCUGGGUGUCGAGCAAGCGCGUCGUGACGACCUGGAAUCCCUCGCCUACGUCUUGAUGUAUUUCCUGCGCGGCUCUCUUCCCUGGCAGGGGCUUAAGGCCGCUACCAAGAAGCAGAAGUACGACAGGAUCAUGGAGAAGAAGAUGACCACCCCCACUGAUCUCCUUUGCCGCGGCUUUCCGAACGAGUUCGGGAUUUUCCUCAACUACACACGUGCUCUCCGUUUCGAUGACAAGCCCGACUACUCGUACCUUCGUAAACUCUUCCGUGACCUCUUCGUCCGCGAGGGGUACCAGUACGACUACGUCUUCGAUUGGAGCAUGCAACGUGCCAUGGAGGACGGCGGCAGCACCAGCCAGAAGGCCACCCAGGGUCGCCGCAAGGUCCUACAGGAAGAAGAGGAGCACCGCGUCAGCGACAGGAUGUGA